AUGCCGCUCUUCGCCGCCGAGCUGUUCGGGUGGUCGUGCCUGCUCUCGGCAGUGUUUCUGUGGGUGUCCCUCGGCGCCUACGCCACGCUCACGGCGGCGGCGGCGCCGCUGUGCUGCGCGCGCGCGGGCGCGCCGUUCUCGUGCCACCGCCUGGUGUACGUGGCCCCGGUGGCCGCGAACGUCAGCUGGCUCGUCGUGGUCUCAGCCAGCAACUUCAUGAUGUGGGUGGGCGCGGACGGACGGCAGGACGAGUACGGCGUCGCGGGCAACCCGGGGUCCGCGCUCCUCGUGGUGGCGGGCGUCGCCCUGCUCGCGUGUGCGCUGGCGUUCCUGUACUGCGACCUCGUCUGGGCCACAGUGACGGCGUGGUCAUUGGCAGGGGUCUGCCGCAUGCAGACCGUCGCCGACGCGGCCCGCUUCCCCGUGGGCGCGCUGAACCCGACCGUGGCCGCGGUAUCCGGCUUCUGCAUCGCGCUGGUGGCGGCGAGUGCUGCCGCGGGCCUCGGCGUGGCGGUCGUGGGCUGGCACUCCGGGCGGCGAGCGGCCGGGUCGCUGGAGGCCAUGGGGGUGCCCCUGGAGUGA